GCGGACGGGGAGAGGCGGCGGCCAGGGUGGUGUCGGUCUGAGAUCUCUGAAAUUACCAUCAAGACUCGGUUACCAGAGGAUGCUUUGUUGAAGGAACCGCUUUGCAGAGCCGCACUCGAGGGCACGUAUGGCUGAAGGUCUCGGUCCCCUUCCCCACCUGCAGGAGAGCUCUCUUUUCUUUCCCACCAUGUGACCUGCCACACCUGCACAGCAAAGAGCUUCCUUUGCCAAAGAAUGAGCACAUGUCGAUGGUGUACACCUAGUGGUUCUGACACCACUGAGUUCCUGAAGGACUAUGCUUCUAAACGGUUGUCCCAGGAAGAUCUUGAAGGAUCCAACGAUGAUCUCUGUUACUGCCUGGAGUGUGUGGUUGAAUACCACAAAGCAAGGGAAAAAUUGCCGUGGUUGCAUGAGGUCUUGUGGGGGUUGGAAACUUCCCGCCUUGUUGCCCGCAUUGAGAAAUCCAUAAGUGAAGAAGCUGGAGAAGACGAUGAGUUGUUUAUAGUGGAUGAGAAUGGAGACACACAACUGUCUGGAUAUGUGGGCCCCGAUUUUGAGAAUAACCUGCGAGUGCCCCUUCUAGAAAUACUGAAAUAUCCAUAUCUGCUCCUGCAUGAGAAAGUCAGUGAGCUGUGUGUAGAAGUGCUCUGUAGAAUGGAACGAAGUCACAGCUCCUUUCAGGUCUUUGAGAAAUAUCCAGGAAUUUAUCUAUUUUUGGUACACCCAAAUGAAGUGAUUCGUCGAUGGGCCAUCCUAACAGCAAGGAAUUUAGGGAAGGUUGACAGGGAUGAUUACUAUGACCUACAGGAAGUGCUGACUUGCUUGUUCAAAGUCAUUGAGUUGGGGCUUUUUGAGAGUCCAGAUAUUUACAGCUCUUCAAUGAUUGAAAUGGGUAAACUCGUCCUUCUGCCAUCUCAUUUAUACGAUACUUCCAACUACAAGAACUAUUGGCUAGGGAUUUGUAUGUUGCUGACGGUGCUGGAAGAACAAGCGAUGGACUCCUUGUUACUGGGCCCAGACAAACAAAAUGAUUUCAUGCAGUCUAUACUUCACACCAUGGAGAAAGAAGCAGCUGAUGAUUCCACUGACCCCUUCUGGCCAGCGCUGCAUUGUUUCAUGGUUAUUUUGGAUCAGCUCGGAUCUAAAGUAUGGGGUCAGCUUAUUGAUCCUGUCCAAGCCUUUCAAACCAUUAUCAACAGCAGGAGCUACAAAAAUGAAAUAAAAAAUAUACGCAGUAGCUUUAAGAGGACAAAAUCUGAACCGGAGUCAGACUUCGAUGAUGACAUGGUCUCUUGCAGUCAGAUUGUGUAUAAUUAUAACACAGAAAAACCUCAAAAGGAUACUGGUUGGAAGUCUGCCAUUUGUCCGGAAUACUGCCCCAACAUGUAUGAAGAUAUGCAAACGCUGGCUAAUGUGCUUCAGUCUGAUCUUGGCAAAGAUACACGUGUCCAUCACAGCACCUUUCUGUGGUUCAUCCCUUUCGUUCAGUCGCUUAUGGAUCUCAAGGACUUGGGUGUAGCAUAUAUAGUAGAGGUCAUUCACUACCUCUGCUCGGAAAUCAAAGAUAUUCUCAAUGAAAGAAUCCAGCAGUGUGACAAAAUCUCUGAAUUUUUUCUCCUGAUCUUGGUGUCCGUUAUUGAACUACACAGAAAUAAAAAGUGCCUGCAUUUGCUAUGGAUUAGCUCCCAAGAAUGGGUGGAAGCAGUGGUGAGAUGUGCUAAGCUUCCAGCUAUAGCUUUUACACGGUGCACUGAAAAAGCAUCUGGACACUGUGGGAGAGGUUCAUCAGCAGUAUCUUUACAAGCUUCAAACUCUGUGCAGCAUGCCUGUGUGCAGCUGAUUCGCAGCCUUCUUAGAGAAGGCUACCAAAUUGGGCAGCAUUCUCUUUGCAAGCAAUACCUGGACAAACUCAAUCUCCUUCUGCGAGGAAAUCUGUCUUUAGGUUGGCAGCUGAAUGUCCAAGAAACCCAGGAAUUACAAAUGUGUAUAAAGCAAGUUAUAAGAAGUAUGAAGGGCAGAGCAUUGAAUGCCCCUGUGUCUGUAGGAAACAAUGCCAACUCUACAACUUUGCCUACCGUUUCUGUAAAGCAAGAGAAUAUUGCACAUGGUGAUGUGUGCAAUAAGAUGAAUGAACGUGGUAGAGAUGACCUUAGUGGUGUCAUAGCGAAGGAAGGUGGAGAUGAAGAUUGUCGAGAGAACCUGUUCCCUAGAAGAAAGAGUGCCUGGGAAGAGGAAUGUAGAGAUGCAUUUAAAAGUUCGGGAUCUUGGACCUCCACAGAAGGCCUCUGCAUGAAUAUUAAAAAGGAACUUACUGACUUCACAACUCAGGAAUACGACUACCCACAGAACUCUUCGGUCACAAAAGUACAUGGGAAAGCUCAGGAAAGCAAAGACAAUGAUCUUGUGGCAGGGAAAUUUGAUACGGAUAAUCAGCACUUUAAUCCAAAUGCCCAGCGUUCAGAUUUCGGAAGAGGCGGGGAGUUGGAAAACAAAUGUGAAGCAGGGUCCAUAAAGCAGGAACCAAUGCAUCUGGCUGCUCAAAGUCAUACUGGUUCUUCAGAACACGUUUACAGCUCAGAUGGAAAGGAAAGCAAUAUGUCUCGCAGUUUGUCUUCAAAGUUUAAAGUCGAUGCAGAUAGGCUCACAAGUUUGAAAAGCAAGAUACAGAAAAUUGGAUGGCUCUCAAAACAGUCGCGGUCAGCGAAGCCAUGUGACUUGAAAAGCUGCACUUUAGCAGCAAGUGCUUCAAAAGCAGAGAUGGAGCAACCAAAGUUUUGCACUGACUAUCCAUGUAUGAGCAAAGAUUGUCAUCAACACCAGAGAGUGAAUACUGUGUGUGGAAAUGAGAUCUCUGUUGAUACUCCGUCUUCAAGGAGUUGUGACAAAAAUCUUGACGGUGCUUUUCAGUCCAAACUGGUCCCCACUAAACCAGUAUCAAAAAAAACACCAAUGGAUUGCGCUAGCUCGUCUAAAAAUGAACCUGGUAUGCAGCAAAAUAAAAGUGUCGGUAUUUUGCGUUCAGGGAUUAGUGACACCUUACCGAAAAAAGCAUCCACUGAAGAAAAAUCAAGUUCAUUGGUAAAGUCAGUGGUUAAGACAGACACUGACAUGCAAACUUCAGACCAGGAACAGCUUAGUUUAAAUGACUCGGUUAAAUAUAACUGUGAAGGUCCAAUUUCUAAGACAUUCUGCACGGACAAAACUUCAGCAAAUGGUCACGUACCAUCUAGCUCUGAAAAGCAGAGGGAUAUAUCCCACACUGCUACUGAGAUCAGGCCACUGUCAGUGAAGUGUGAAUCAAGCGACAGAUUGUUCAAAUUUUCAAAAUAUUUCAAGAGAGAAAACAAUUCGGUGAGGAAGGAAGAGGAGGAUUUGGUGAAGGUUGUUUCUGAAGAUAAUACUUUAACAGACUCACAGGUUGACAGAGAACUCAGUAAAUUAUCUUUAGCUGCAUAUGCCAAAAGCGUCAAUUUUCCCUUUGAGUCAAGCCAGGAAAGCUCAGUACAUCAUAAUCUAUGUGACAUUAAAAGGAAAGUGAAAGGUGCCGUAAGAUCUUCUGAUGAUGACCAAAGUACCAAGACUCCCUGUGGUGCAGAUUGCCUUGACAAUCAAGUCAUCAUAAUUUCAGACUCUUCUGAUGAAGAAGCAGGUGUGGCUGACAAGGAGGAAACAAAAAAAAUGAACGAAAAUGUACAUCCUGAAAAGCAGCCUUCAACUUCCAGCAGCAUUUCUGAUAGUGAUGUCAAAUUAGAAUCGAAGACGCUGCCAAGCUCUCCCUCAUCCCUGGAAGACUGUGAGUCUCAGUGCUUUGAAUUUGAAACAGAAGGUGAUGUCUUUUCGGUUUGGCAAGAUACUCAAGCGUAUAGUAUGGAACCAACUCAAGAGUAUAAACAAGAUCAUGUUUCAACAUCAGUUGAUAGUAGUAAUUCGGAUAGUUUACUGAACGAUUACAUAAAUGAGUGGGGUUAUGAUGUGGAUUACGUAAGUGAUGAUGCCAUGGAUGAAAAAGCAAACUUGACAGAAAACCAGGCAGAAAAUAUUUCUCAUCAGAAAGAAGCUGAUAAUACAGAAGUAGUAACUAAUUCCACACUGCAAGAAUUUAAUAGUAAGGGAAAUGCAGAAGAUCAGUUGGAGAAUUCUGCAGACAAAGGUGCUAUUGCUAAAGACAUCACCCUGGACUCAAAAUUGACUGAACCCAGAGCAUCUACAUCUAACAUCUCAUUAGCUUCCAAGUUGGCACUUAAGAAAAACAGCAUGAGCCCGCGGAAGAAUAUAGCAAAAUCUAAGGUAGCAAGAGCCAUUCAAAGAAGUCCUAAAAAACCUCCUGUUCUAAAACCAGCACAAAAUAAAAAACUAUCUCAAAGUACGUCAAAAAGUCUUCAGCCUGGCAGGUCAAUGCCUGCUGUGGUUCCUCCAAGGAAGGUUCGGCAGUGUCCUGCACCAGCAUCAACUGUAGAAAAGCUUGGUCUGAAGAAGGCACCCCGCAAAGCGUUUGAAUUGUCCCAGCGCUCUUUAGAGAGCGUCGCUCAAUUGCGUAGCUACGGUAAAGCUGCAGGGAGGGUUGCGCAGAAACAGAAGAUUAAACAAAUUGCUCCUCAGAACUUGUCUGUAAAACAUAAUAAAAAAUUCCUAGCUUGCCAAGAACUUCAGUUUUUAAUGCAGACAAGGCCCAAAAAAAGCAUCAGGGUGAAAAAUCUUGCAGGACGUUCUGAGAGUAGAAACAAAAAAGUCAGCAAAGUGGAUCCAAGAUCUACAGAACAAAAGCCUAAAAGUUUUCAGCUGGGAUCCGUUGAAAACCAAAGAGGGAAAAAAAGGAAGGAGACUGGCUCUCUCUCUGCUGAUGAGAGAAGAUUUGAAAUCCCCUCUUUGGUGGGUGAGACAUAUCUCUCGAAGAUGCCUAGUUCUUCGGACUGGAGCAGAAGAUCAGAGGAUAACAGUGUGAUGGCUCCUCCUGUACCUAUGGAUUCAAGUCUCUCUUCUGCUGCACUUGUUGGAGAUGAUAAAGAUGAACCUUCAGGAAAAGGUUGCGUUGUCCAGCCUGAGUCUGAGGAGACAACUUCAAAAGAAAAUGGCUGUAACCCAAGUGAAAACAGUGAAGAUGAUGAUGAUCUAUUUUUAACUCAGUUAGAUCCUGUGGAUAUGGAAUUAUGUUCUGAGGAUGAAAGUGUUCAAGGUACUACUAUAGCUAGUAAAAAACCCGAGGAAAUGGAUACUGCUGAAAGCCUUCAGCAGAACGAAUCCUUGACUGUCCUGAAAUGUAAGUACAUGGACUGUAUAGAAAAAGUGGAAAAACCAGGAGAGUACUGUAGUAAGCAUUCAGCCACCAGCUCAGGAGAAGAUCACCUGUUUGCCAAACCUUCUCUCCCACCCCCUCCUAAAACAAGGAAGCCUUCUACUACCAAAAUUUUCAGCUCAACGAGUUCGUCACGGAAUGCAGCCUUCAGCAAGGAUCUCCAAAAUGUUAAAAAGCUACCACCAGCUUCCAAAAGCAAAGUGAAUGCAGCAAAACCAGUGGUGGCCAGGCCACCAAGUUUAAAGGCUAUGCCAGUAGGAAAUCAAACUUGCAAGCCUCCAAGUUUCAGUAAUGUACCUCAACCCUGUAUUCCUAAAAAUGUUCUCCAGCCACAGAAUAGACCAAAUGACAAUGCUUCAAAUAUUUCCAGAAGACCUGCCGGAGAACCCUAUUAUUCUUCCUUUCUUGGCACUCAGCAACGUGAUCAUAGUAUUUUUGUUAAUGGAGUUCUAAAGUGGACUUAUGAAAUGUUUGCAAACUGCAGCCAGUUUGGCCCUCCAAGUAGUCUCCAGCAGUCUGUAGUAGCCUCUGUUCCUGUCCGAUUUCAGAGAUACGAUGACUAUUUUAAUACGUUCUUCCCCUUGAUGAUGCUAAAUGCCUUUGAAACACUGGCACAAGAGUGGAUAGAAAAGCAGAGAGGAAGAGAAAAGAGUUACUACUUCUACUUGCAGAACUUCAGUGCUGACUCUAAUACAGCAAAUUUUACAGCUCAUUUUCAAGAAAGUGAUUUGGCAAAGCAGCUUCAUCCAAAAGAGGAUGACUUAGUCUUUUUGGUGGUCCAGAAGAACAAAGACACCUUUGGGGAAGAAAAUGAGACAGAGAGCCAUGUAGUGAAUCACGUUGGGCUUGUGACACGGUUUUCUCGUGCGUCUGGCUGUAUAACUAGACAAAAGGAGCAGCAUACUGUCUGUCAUCUUUCUGUGCAAACUCGAGGCAAUUUGUCCUUCUUCAUAAAUAAGCAAGUGAAGUGUGUGGUGGUUGGCUCCCUGGUGACCACACACCGAACAUUCAAUGGUCUGCUACUCUUGAGCAGGAGUCCCCUGGCUAAACCCAUCAUAAAUCCAAGUUACAAUGACUUCUGUCCUAGAGAUUUCACUACGGCUUCAGAAGGCACUGCAUCGGAUGUGAACGAAUACAACGAAGGUCAAAAGAGAGCCAUUGAGACAGCUUAUGCCAUGAUAAAGCAGCAUCCAGGGCUUCCUAAGAUCUGCCUCAUCCACGGACCGCCUGGAACAGGGAAAUCAAAAACUAUUGUUGGGCUUCUGUCUCGUGUUUUGAGAGAAAACACUAGGAAUGAGGAAGCAACUCAAAAAACAAAUGCCAAGAUCAAGCCAAACCGUUUUCUAGUUUGUGCACCAUCAAAUGCUGCUGUAGAUGAACUCAUGAAAAAGAUCAUCAUUGCAUUUAAGGAAAAAUGCCAAAACAAACAGGAGCCUUUGGGAAACUGUGGUGAUAUCAACUUAGUGCGACUUGGUGCUGAAAAGGCAAUCAACAGUGAGGUCCGGAGAUUUAGCCUGGAUAAGCAAGUUGAACAUAGAAUGAAACGAAAACCAUCUGACUCUGACCAGGAUAUUCAGAAGAGAAAAGCAGCUCUGGAUCAAAAAUUGGACAUGCUGUCUCGUCAGCGAGCCAUGCAUAGAUGUGAGAAGAGGGAGAAUCAAAUGUUAGAUGAUGAAAUUGGCAGACUUUCAAAGGAGAGACAGCAGCUUGCUUCUCAACUAAAGGAGGUUCGGGGGCACUCUCAGAAGGUACAGACGGACAUCAUCUUGGAGUCUGACAUCAUCUGCUGCACGCUGAGCACAAGUGGAGGGAGUCUGCUGAAAUCUGCUUUUUGUCGGCAAGGACUUGAUCCUUUCAGCUGUGUCAUUGUGGAUGAGGCAGGGCAGUCCUGUGAGGUUGAAACGCUGAUUCCACUGAUCCAUCGCUGUAAUAAACUUGUCCUUGUUGGAGAUCCCAAACAGCUUCCUCCUACUGUAAAAUCAAUAAAAGCUCAGGAAUAUGGGUAUGACCAGUCCCUGAUGGCACGUCUGCACAGACACCUGCAGGAGCAAGUGGAGAGGAGUGGUUUACGAAGCCUGCCGGUUGUGCAGCUGACUGUGCAGUAUAGGAUGCACCCUGACAUCUGCCUCUUCCCAUCCAAUUAUGUUUAUGACAGGACUCUAAAGACUGACAGAGCAACGGAAGAGAACAGAUGUUCUUCAGAGUGGCCAUUCCAGCCAUACCUUAUUUUUGAUGUAGGAGAUGGUCACGAGGAGCGAGACAAUGACUCUUUUAGUAAUCCUCAGGAAGUGAAGCUGGUGAUGGAAUUAAUUAGAACAAUUAAAGAAAAAAGGAAGAAUCUGGGUCUUCGUCACAUUGGAAUAAUUACUCCUUACAGCGCACAAAAAAGGAAAAUUCAAGAACAACUGGACAGAGCGUUUAGGAAUAACAGCCCAGGAGAAGUGGACACAGUGGAUGCAUUCCAGGGACGAGAGAAAGACUGCAUCAUAGUGACAUGUGUCCGGGCAAACAACACGAAAGGAUCAAUUGGGUUUCUGGCAAGUCUUCAGCGUUUGAACGUUAUAAUUACCCGAGCCAGAUUCAGCCUCUUCAUCCUUGGAAGACUGAAAACGCUCAUGGAAAAUAAGGACUGGAAUGAGUUGAUUCAAGAUGCUCAGAGAAGAGGUGCCAUUAUCAGGACAUCAGAAAAGAGCUAUGGGAAAGAUGCUCUUAAGAUUUUGAAGCUUAAGGCCACAGUACGGCUCCCGACCAACGCGGAGACAAAGAAACCUCCUUCCUUCCAGGCUUGUUCUUCCAGCAGCAAGAAGGGUGAGCUUGCAAAUCCACCUCCUCCUCCACCAAGGGAGGCCAGUAGCCCACGGGAUGUCACCUCUGGGGCUGGCCAUGCGGUGCCCCAAGGAAGCAGAAGGCCCCAGCAGCCCCAGGUGGCUCAGGUGGUGGUAGACUCCAGGAGAGGCAGUGCCUCUGUGCCUGGGGAGGCUGCGGUGCUUCCCACCGAUCGAGAGAAGCCACGGGACCCGAGGCUGGCCAGCAUGGCUAGUAGGACUGAAACAAAAGGGAAGGAGCAGGCCUCGAAGGACAGCGGUCAGACAGCCCAGAGCAAUCCAGGGGCAACAUCACAGCAAGGCCUCAACGCCGCCUCAGCUGCCAGGGAUCAGAUGUCCAGAACUGAAACUUCUAAGAAGCCACAGCCCGUGAUGAGACGAUGUGACGUGCCUUCCACGUCGGCUUACGCAGCUCGGCAUGGGGGUGACCAGAGAGCUUCUGUAUCCAAAAACGGUUCAAAAGACUGCAGUGAAGGAGGUCAGAGCAAUAGCAGUAGGUGGAACAAAGACUAUCGUGUAUUAAAUAGGAGAACAUCAGAGGAAUCGCUGCAGAACAGAGACUCAAACAGUGCCAAGCGAAGGAAGACCUUUCACUGACUUUACUAGUGGCUCGUUACUGAAAAUCUAUUUCCAGAUUUCUGUCUAGCAAGGGCUGUAUUUUAAAUUAUUUAGUACACGUGGAACUCCCUUCUAUUGAUACCACUGCUAUCAGUAGAUCCAUCUUUUUCCCAUCUUGUCCCUAAUUGUGAAGGGGACUUUACAACUGACAGCUCUGAGUUUUUGAAAAUAAAAGUUGGAUAGCUGCAUUGCUUGGAAGAGCAGUGAAUUUUGUCAGCUAGGAACUUAAGGUUGUAAAUGUUUAACAAUGUAUAUUUGUACAGUAUACAGUUAUUUUAAGAUUUAAUUUGGCAGAUAUCUAGCUUCUUGUUUCCUUGUGCAAAUGCUAAUUUCUUAGUGAUGUAAUUUUUUUAAUGAAGAACCAGAGCAAAGCAAAACACCACCAAAACCAACCAAAAAAACCCCCCUCAAAUAACAAACAAACCCCCCAAAUC